AUGAUCUAUGGUUUGGUGUUGUUCCCGAAUAUCCCGAACUUCGUCGAUCUCACUGCCAUUUGCCUCUUUAUGGAUGAAAACCCCGUGCCUACUCUUUUGGCGGAUACUUAUUAUGCCAUUCAUUCCAGAUAUGGGGCGAAGGGAGCAGUUGGAGGCUGCUUACCAUUGCUAUACGAGUGGUUCAUUUCACACUUGCCUAAAAGUGGACCGUUCGUCACAACAAGGGACUCACAGAAGUGGCCUCAAAGGAUCAUGGGGCUUACGGCGAAUGACAUCGUUUGGUAUCACAUUGGAAAAGGGAUAGAGGAAGUCAUUACUAGAUGUGGUAGUUUUGACAACGUUCCCCUCAUAGGAACAAAAGGAGUUAUCAAUUACAAUCCGAGGCUAGCGCUGCGCCAGUUGGGUUUUACACUAAAGGACAAGCCUUUAGACAAGGAAAUAUUUGAAUCCGUUUGCUUUGAAAAGGGAGCUGAUCCAAAAGGUCUAGAAAAGAAUGCCAUUGCUAAACAAGCCUAUACUGAUUGGGUGAAAGAUAGAGUCAAGGAGCGCCUGUUACCUUUCCCAAAGGUUAAACCAUUGUAUGAGCAACCACCUGAGGUUUUAACUGCCACCGUGCCAACUGAGGACUAUACCCAAGUACAUGUGGAAAAAAUUCGGUUGCGUGAAAAGGGGCAGGAUGCUAAGAUAGAGUACUUCUUGGUGAAUCAGAAAAGAGCUGAAUUAGCACACGAGGUCAAAAUGUUGAAGGGAGGAUCUUCCAGAGUUCAAAAGAGGACUAGAACUGAAAAGGGUGAAAGAGCUACCACUAUUGUUGUUAAGGAUCAUCAGAAGAUCAUAAAAAAGGCCAUAAAAGAAACGGAAGAGAAGCUCAAGCAAGAGUACAGAGAAGAUCUAAAAGCCUACAAACUCAAGAUAAAAAGGAAGCUAAAGCUGAGAUCAAGAGUUUGA